AGAAUUUGCACAACAAAUUAAAGCAAUGUAAGUACGAAAGGGAAAAAGGGCGAAAUGUAAUAUAGCACAGGCAAACAAAAUAAAAGAGGAAUUGAAGUUGGGGUUGGUACGGCAGUGAUGUGUGUGUCUACACUAGAAAGCGCCAGCAUGGGUUGCAAAUCAUGCAUGGCUUACACCUGUCUCCCCCAGCUCUGCAUAAACCUCUGCUCAUCACUCAUCACCGUUUCAACCUUCCACACCCAACAAAUUAAAGGGAGGAAAAGCAAAUCUGAUCUGCAGAGUAAGUGAAAAAUGGGGAAGCAGCAGAUGAGUGUGUUGGUGUUGGUGCUGGUGCUGGUUUUGGUCGCUUAUUGUGCGAGUGGAAGAAGAGAGUUUGAAGGAGAAGAGAGAAGUGGGGGGCAUAAAAAGAUGUUCAUUUUGCAUGAAGCGAAAGAGGUGGUGAGAACCGAAUCUGGAGAAAUCAAAGUGGUGAGAGGUAGUAGUGGAAGAUUGUUGCAUAUUGGGUUCAUCACUAUGGAGCCUCAAAGCUUGCUCAUUCCUCAGUACCUUGAUUCCCACCUCGUCCUCUACAUUAACCAAGGGGAAGCAAGGAUUGGACAUGUGUAUAAGGAUGAAUUGGCAGAAAGGAAAGUGAAAUCCGGAGAUAUCUACACAAUUGAAGCCGGCUCUGCUUUCUAUGUGGAGAACACAGCACAAGGGCAGAGACUCCAUAUCAUUUGCACCAUUGUUCACACCUCUCAGUCUGACUUCAGAGGGGCAGAUACUUUCCAGUCUUUCUUCAUUGGUGGCGGCAUGCAUCCUACAUCUGUUCUUGCCGGCUUUGAUCCUUACACGCUAUCAACCGCAUUGAAUGUUUCAAUGACAGAGAUUUCGGAAGUUGUGGGCACCAAAGUGUCGGGUCCAAUCGUGUCUUUAACAAACCCCAAUUACACUACACCCCGUUUCUUGGACCUUCACCUCAAGAGAAUUGUGCAUUAUUAUUCUACUGAUGCGGUGGCUGUGGGUGAAGUAGCGGAACAGCAGCAGCAUUAUUGGCCAUGGCUGUUCAUCAGGAAACUGUUCACCAAUCCCUUCUUCAGCAACAAGGACGAUGGAGAUGAUGGUGCUCCAGAUUCUUACAAUAUCUUCGACAGAGAUCCCGAUUUCAGUAACGACUAUGGGUGGAGCUUGGCUGUUGACGAAAACGAUUAUCCCCCUCUCAAAAUCCCCGACGUUACUGUUUAUCUAGUCAAUCUCAAAGCGGGAUCGAUGAUGGCGCCGCAUGUAAAUCCUAGGGCAAUAGAGUAUGGUAUAGUGUUGGAAGGGACGGGAGAAGUUGAGGUGGUGUACCCUAACGGGACGCUAGCCAUGAAUGCGCAGGUACGCCAAGGAGACAUGUUUUGGGUGCCGCGUUUCUUCCCGUUCUGCCAGAUAGCGUCGAGGAACGGGCCGUUCGUGUUCUUCGGGUUCACCACCUCGGCCAAGGACAACCAGCCGCAGUUCUUGGUGGGCGAGGGUUCAGUGAUGCAGUUGUUGAAAGGGCCGGAGUUAGCAGCGGGUCUUGGAUUGAGCGAGGAGAGGGUUGAGGAGAUUGUUGAGGCUCAACGUGGGCGUGCCAUCUUGCCCUCCGCCUAUGCCGCACCACCAGAGUCUAUGUAGUAUGUAGUAACUAUGAAUUAAUUAUAUAAUGUUAGAGGCUGCCUGCAUGAAUCCCAAUUCCAAGUUGUUUUUUCUCAUUUCGUUUGUAUCUUGAUUCUGUAUUUUCUUGGUGGAUGGGAGACUACUGUUUUCAAGUGGUAAUAUAACUAAGGUGUUUUUGUUUCA